UAAGAAAGCCUUUUCCUUUCAUUUACAUUUUUAAGAUCUGUCUAGUUCUAGUUUGCUCGAGGUAAAAGUAUUGUGUAUUUUUUCGUGUAGGGUUUCAAAAUUAUAAAGUUUGUAAUCGGCUGAACACUUCCUUACAUUCAAUCCAAAUGGCUAAGAUUCCUUUAAGCUGGAGCAGUGUUCUCCGGCUGAUUCGACUGCAUCAUCUGGCGGUGGGCAACAUCGCCGUGCUCUGUCUUAUUGUGUUGAGUAUCAUGGACUACGGGAUUUUGGAUCUCUUCUGUUGGUUUAAAUCGGUGGAGAAGGAGAAUAUUCCGCUGACAGUUUUAAUGUAUAUCGGUGGACUCAAGGUGGCUAUUAUUCUGUUUCUCGCGCUGUGGUGCUGGACUAGAGAAGCUGAAAAUAAUCAGGAGGACAACCUGGACAUGCCCAUCUCUUACGUUCGUAAGCGUUACUGUCGUUUUCUUGUGAUGCACCUUUUGGCGUCUAUAGACCGGCUGAUCCACCACCACUCACAUAUUGAUGACUUCCUGCAAGCACACAAGGACUGCGUCGAGGCAGUGGAACAGUUUCGCUGGAGAGCACGAAGGCUCUUUGAGCGCACGGAUCUGCAACUUUGCGUUCCACUCCACGAAGUCCUUUCUGUGGAUGAUCAGCAGGAGAAAGAACUCCUCCGCUUGGGUUACGGCGAUAAAUUGGAACAGUUGCGAGAGCUGGACAUCUACAAGAUGAUCUAUAAGGACUAAAUUCGCUUUGGGAAGAGAACCGUUGCCAAACUUUAUAAUUGAUUGGUUUCGGCUGCAAUUUUGGCUUGGAUCUUGUUAAUCUCACUUCACAAGCGUGUUAAUUUGAAUGCACCAUACGCAUGUGAGGGUCCAAAGUUGCCAGAGUGAGAGGUCCUUUUCCCCUAUUACUUUUCUGGAGGUUGUCGGAUUUGACAUUUAGGUGUAUUUUCCGCUACAUCAAUUAGAAAUAUAAAUUUUACGUAAAAAUUA